UUUUAGGUUUUCCUCUUAAAAUCUUUGGGACUAACGGCAAUAUGUGAUAAGGAGUGAGGAGAGAGAAAGCAAAAAUGUGGUCGUCAAGCUUCUUAGCUUCCUCUCACAAUUUCUCUCCUCCUCCCAAGCUUUCUCUAUUGUCAUCAUCUUCUUUUUCUUCCUCUUCUCGUCAUAAAAAAACAACCUUCCUCUGUUUUUCUCAAAAUCAUUCGUCCACUGUUGGCAUCAGUUUCAGCAAGAGACACUUGAAUCUCUCGAUUCUCACCCUCUUGUUCAAUGGUGGGUUUUUGUUGGAUAAGGCUAAAUCCAUGGCAGAAUCGGAAGAUCUUCAAAGAUACACCGAUUCCAAAGAUGGCUUCACUCUUCUCGUACCCUAUUCUUGGACUAAGGUGGAGAAAGCAGGGGCCAAUGUUCUGUUUGAAGAACCAGAGAAACGAAGCAACAAUAUAGGAGUUGUGGUUAGUCCUGUCCGAAUAAAGAGUCUUGAAGACUUUGGUACUCCUCAAUUUGUAGCUGAUAAGCUCAUCAACGCAGAGAAGCGAAAGGAAAGCACAAACGAAGCAGAAGUUGUAUCCGUAGGGGAGAGAUUAGGACAAGGACAGGUGUACGAAUUUGAAUACAAAAUUGAUAGCACGAGAGGAGGAAUCAAAAGGGUUUUCUCGGCUGCGUUUGUGAGCUCUAAGAAGCUUUAUAUACUAAACGUUGUUCAUUCAGAGAGUCCAGAGAAUCCAUUGGCUUCAAGCACGAGAGUGUUGUUGGAACAAGUUCUUCACUCCUUUGAUGCUCUGCCUCUCACAUAAACCCACCAUCCAAAUAAUAAAUCUUUCUUGUAGAGCCCAUUUGGUAUUUCUGGGCUUAUUCUUGAGUUUUAAGGCUUCUAGCAAUCUAUUAACCCCAAUAACUUUGAGGUUUCUU